GUUUCAUUGCUUCUCUGGCUUUAUCUUCUUGUGAUGUUCCUUCUCAUAGUGCUUCGUUUCUGUUUCACCAUUUUCGCUUUCGUUGUAACUAACAAGGGUGCUGGAGAGGUUGUUCCUGAGAGAGGUUAUAAGGAGUAUAAGUUGGGGGAUUAUUCUAAUUGGUUGCAGAAGAGGGUUAAUAAUAUCAAGAACUGGAACAAUAUUAGGAGUUGCUUGAUUGAUAGCAAGGUUUGCAAGAGUCUCGCUGAUCAGAACGUGAACGAGAACGUACACCAGUUCUAUAGCAAUAACUUGUCUCCGAUUCAGUCUGGUUGCUGUAAGCCUCCAACUUCAUGUAACUUCACUUAUGUGAGUCCAAUCAAAUGGACCAACCCAAGCAACACAACCUCCUUCACUGAUUCUGACAGCACAGCUUGGAACAACAAUGAAAAUGAUCUCUGCUACAACUGCCAGUCUUGUAAUGGUGGAGUGCUUCAAAAUAUAAAGAGUCAGUGGAAGAAGGUUGCCAUUGUCAACAUCAUCUUCCUCAUCUUCCUUGUCAUUGUCUACACCAUUGGUUGCUGUGCUUUCAGGAACAACAGGAUGGAUAAUUCUUAUCCCAGAUAUAAGGGUUACCCAUAGAAUCUUAAUCUGAUCUGGUUACAUUGCUAUAGAGGGAGAAGAUGCAGAUAGCAUAUUUUGCUGAUUUGUUUUACUCUGUUUUUCAUUUGAUUCAUAGUAGAUAGAUACAUGGAUUUUUUUUUUUGUAUAGCUAUCCGUUGGUAUUUCAUCAUAUAUUACCAGAGUUAUACCUAUCUGCCUGGUGUACACAA